AUGGCAUCUGCGACUACAUGCGGUUUGAUAAUAUUAGGAAAUAGUGGAGUAGGAAAAAGUUUCUUAGCCAAUCGAUUGCUAGAUGAUGAUAAAGCAUUUGAAAGUAGAUUUUCUGCUCGAUCUGUCACUCGCCAUACCGAAUGGAAAAAUAUGUCAACACCUAUUGGAAAAUAUAUUUAUUCAGUAGCUAAUAUUCCUGGUUUGGUAGAAGCAAACCAAAAAUUAAUUGAUGAAAAUCGUCAUGAAAUUAUGAAAGCCUUUGAACAAUAUCCUUUCUCUAUUGUUAUUUUUGUUUUUGGAAAUAAGGGUGGACGAAUACCUGAUGAAGAUUUAGUUGCUUUUAUGAAAAUUAAUGAUGCUUAUCAAUUCCCACCUGAAUCAUUACUUCUUAUUGUUAAUGGAAUUUUAUCAAAUGCACCCGAUGAUUAUGAAGAAAAAACAGCACAAAUGCUUGAAGACUUCACUCAUAUUGACAAAAGUCACAUCUGCUUUAUAGAAAAGACAACAUCAGAAGAAGAUAAACAUAUUAUUCGUCAUUGUCUACAUGAGAUAAUAGCAAAAUGUGAACCUACGUAUCAUACAAAGAAACAUGAUAUUGAAUUAAUAGCUGAUGAAAUUUCUCGAUUAAAAAUGGAAUAUAGACAACGACAAGAUCAAUUAUUAGCACAAGAAUAUGAAUAUUCAAAAAGGCAACAACUCAAUUCAACUUCAAAUCCAAUUCAAACAUGUCAUCGAUUACAACAACACCAUUCAAUUUCAGACACGAAUGAGCCAAUACAUGAAUCAAUUGAUCAUAACAGACGAUUUCAUAAAACGAUGGAAGAUAACCAAACUAAACAUGAGCAAUACGUAGCGCAUGUUGAAAAACUAAUACAUGAUGUAAAUAACGAUAACAUAACACAAUUAGCUCAACAACUCGAGAAUACUACCAAACAAAAUAGUGCAUUAAUUGCUCAAAUGUCACCACCGGUUACCAUCACUUAUGAAACAGAACGAAAAACUUCAUCGAAUAGGAUUAAAAAAAGAAUCGGUAAAGUAGUUACUUUUGUUAGUAACUUGGUUCUCGGUGAAUCCCAAUCUCCUGAACUUGAAGAUUAUCAAACUUCUCGUCAUGAUAAUAAUUAG